AUGUUGGUAACCACUUCUAGUAGUUGUUGUGGUCACUGGUACGUUUUUCAAGGAAUCUGCAUCGGCUGCAAAUCAAAAGUGCACAAAAGCCAAUUCCGAAAAUUUGAUUAUAUUUUCAAAGGUUUACAGCUAAGCAACGAAGCUGUGGCAUUAACCAAGUCCCUUACAACAAAACACUCUUGUCUCAACGAGAAGAAACUCCACCUUGUCCUUGACUUAGACCACACACUUCUGCACUCUAAACUAGUUUCAAAUCUCUCCCAAGCAGAGAGGUAUCUAAUCCAAGAAGCGAGUUCAAGAACAAGGGAAGAUCUAUGGAAAUUCAGACCCAUAGGACAUCCCAUUGAUCGCUUGAUAAAGCUACGACCUUUUGUUCGUGACUUCUUGAAAGAAGCCAACGAGAUGUUCACGAUGUUUGUUUACACAAUGGGUAGUCGCAUAUAUGCUAAAGCCAUCUUGGAGAUGAUUGAUCCGAAGAAACUCUAUUUUGGUAAUAGAGUGAUUACAAAAGACGAGAGUCCUCGUAUGAAAACGCUUAAUUUGGUUUUGGCUGAGGAGCGUGGAGUGGUGAUUGUUGAUGAUACGCGUGAUAUUUGGCCCCAUCACAAGAAUAACCUAAUACAGAUUCGCAAGUACAAGUAUUUCAGACGCAGUGGCCUAGACUCAAAUUCUUACUCUGAGAAGAAAACAGACGAGGGUGAAAAUGACGGUGGAUUGGCGAAUGUUUUAAAACUACUCAGAGAAGUUCACCGUAGAUUCUUCAUAGUCGAGGUCGAGGAGGUGCUGGAGUCAAUGGACGUCAGGUCGCUGCUAAAAGAAGGAUAUAGACUUUGA